UUCUCGUGGCGAUCCGCUGGGAACCCCCUACAGCUUCUGCACAAAAGACAAUUCUUGAAGACGUAGAGGGUUCAUUUCAAGCCCCCACCACCACCCACAUCUCCAAUUUGAAAGCCGCCUCUCUACCGGGAGAGGAAGGCUCUUUUUCGGUCAGAUGGCGUGCUGCAGUCCGCCCCCGUCAUUCUGCAGCCCACACAGACAGGGCAGCCGGCAACCAAUGCGCUGCGCCCGGAGGAGGAUUGCUGCCAGUGAUUUCAGAGCGAGAAACGAUACGCACAGGGGAUUUACUACGACAAUCUGAGCAAGGGAAGCUUUCGCCAAUAGGUAACUGCUUAAGAAACAAAGACAAGAACAACUGCGGUGUGUGUCUGAGCAAGGUGUUUUCCGCGAUCACCUGGAUCAGGGAUACUUGCCUCCAGUCGACGGUUUUAUUGUAGCUGGAGCAUAUGAUCCAAGUGAUUUUAGUGUAAUUCUGCUUUUGUCUCGUCGACCAGCACGAAACUAUAUUGUAUUUGUUUACCAGUUUCUCUCCGGGAGUAUACGGACCUCGGUGAUUUCCUUCCGUGAAAACACUUUCUGCACAUCAGUCUAUCUGCCCUGAAAAAAGAGCUGUGUGCCAUGUCUUUGCCACGCACACUUGGGGAGUUGCAGCUCUAUCGGGUGCUGCAGAGGGCCAACCUGCUGGCCUAUUAUGAAACCUUCAUCCAGCAGGGUGGUGACGACGUGCAGCAGCUCUGUGAGGCAGCAGAGGAGGAGUUCCUGGAGAUCAUGGCGCUAGUCGGCAUGGCCACCAAGCCACUGCAUGUGCGUAGGCUCCAGAAGGCCCUCCGAGACUGGGCGGCGAACCCUGCCCUUUUCAGCCAGCCCGUCGCCAACGUUCCCCUCGGGGGCAUCCCGCUGUUCAAAGUGGACGGGGCCGGCGCCGGUGGAUCAGCCGGCGGGCCAAGGAAGUCUGUCAGCAACGGGCAGCCAGGGUCCCCGUGUGAAAGGGAAGAUCGGGCGUGUCUGACUCCAAUGCACAACGGGAGUCCAAGAAGCCCUUGCUCCCAGGCGUCCCCACAGCCACCGGACACACACUACCGGGAAAAACUAUCGCCCAUGGAUCCACACUGGCUCAGCCCAGAUCCAGAUGGCAACUGCACUCUGGCGUCUGGACUAGAAGAUGAGCCUCCCAGCCCGCCUCUGCUGUCAACGAGUCAUCCAGGUCCCUCCACGUCUCCGAGCCCCUCGGCUUCCGUCUCCCCGUCCGUCCUCUCAGCCUGGCCUGGCGGACAGCUGGACGGGGAGACGGAGAGGGCGGUGGUGGAGAGCGUGGAGAGGCUGCUCAGGACCCUGCCCAGGUCAGAUCCUGCAGAGGUGAAGACUCUGCUUAGGAUGAACAAGAAAAUGGCCAAGACUGUUGGACACAUCUUUAAAAUGGGGUCCCAGGAUGGGAACAAAGAAGAAGAGAUCCGGAAGUACAGUCUCAUUUAUGGACGCUUUGAUUCCAAGAGGAGAGAGGGGAAGCUGCUUACACAUCAUGAGUUGAUCAUCAAUGAAGCUGCAGCCCAGUUCUGUAUGCGUGACAAUGCCCUUUUGUUGAGACGGGUGGAGCUCUUUUCUUUGGCUCGGCAGGUGGCAAGAAAAUGUGCCUACACCUCCACACUAAAGCAUGCAAGGACAAACGCAGAUGAGAACAGUGCAGUGUCCCAGAAGAGAGCGAGGCAUGAGGUGAUCCUGCCUGAGAGCGUCUCGUUGGUCCUUGGAGUUGAGGGCUCGGAGGGCUUGACCCAGAGGGGAGAUGAUGACAGCUUAUCUGCAGAAAGCUUCGACAGUGUGUCUCAUGACAUCGGCUCACAGUGCAACCAGUCUGCGUCCCCCCGUCCCCACACGGACACGUCCAACCCUGCCAACUGGAGUCGCCAUCUCAUACAGCAAACGCUAAUGGAUGAAGGGCUGCGAUUGGCUCGGAUGGUGUCACAUGAUCGGGCUGGGAAGAUCAGCUUAGGGUCAGAAAGAACACUUUCUACAGAACAUGACGGUAAAGUGGAGAGGCGGAGCUUGAUAACAGUGUGCAGGAGCAGCAGUCCUUGCCUCUCCAAAGACGACUCUAAUCACCGGGGGAAGUGAAAAGACUCGUCCUUUGUCGGGGACAGUGAACUCCACUCAGUCUGCUACACUGGCUGCUAUUGACACCGACAUCUGAUCUGAAGGAGAAGACUCCAAAUCAAUACAGGGAUCGUCCAAGUUGGACCACCAUGGAUCUCAUAGACUUGCAGUGACUCAGUAGAAUUUAGCUAAUAGGAGAAUAAUGUGCUAAUUAUAUCAGUGGAAGGCUCAAUAUUUUUAUUAGGUUAUCCAGUUUAUUUGCACUUCCUGCGUUUGACACAGCAGGGGGCACUACAACUUAGAAAUGGACACUGCACACUGGACUUACUCCAGUGACAUAAUGUCAAGGAUACUUUGUUUCAUUGGAAUAUUUUUGUGUUGGUUUUCAGCAGCCCACAAUCCAAACCAUGUGUGAUAACACUCUCAGCAGCUGAUCACCCUGGCAAACAAAUGGUGGUUCUGUUUUUUUAGAUUUUAAAGAUGGAAAUAAAUCUCCACUUUGAUGGAGUAUUGAAUGGCACACGCUGAUCUAGAUUUCCCAGAGCGUCAACCGCUGUUGGGUUCAGAGGGAUUUCUGUCCUUUGCUGCAGCGUCUAAUCGCCUAUGAGUGCUUCAAAAACGCAUUGGCUAUGACACAUGAAGCCGCCUGUCUUCUUCAUCCUCUCCCUCGCAUCUUUUUGUAAUAUCUUGCACAAGCAGCUGAAAUGCUGUUUUGUAGGGGACGAUACUUCAGGCUAUUCGUUAAGGGAAAAUGUACUCAGAAGACCUCAAUCUCAACUGGGUGGCAGGAGAUAAAAACACUGAUUCUGUUUGAUUCUCAGUUGCUUCGCUCCACACACCAGGGCCCCAUCAGCAGGGAGGAUGCUUGCUGUCAUUAGUGACUCUCAUCCUUACUUUAUUGUUGCUUCCACUGUUCAGCCCGGGGGGGAAGAGUGCAUUCAAAACUACAUUACAAGAUUCAGAGAAUGAAGAAGAUUUGCCACAUCAUUUCCAGAAAAAUGCUGCAAUUAUUGCAGAUUUUAUUUAGGUUUAGCAGAAACAUAUGGCAAUGUGUUGUUGGGAUAAUUUCUGUGGUCUGUAGUCUGUAGAAUUAUAAACCGUACGUCAGUUUGUCUUAUUUUCCUUUAAGACUCAUUGUGAAUUAGAGGGACUAAUCUUUCUUUACUAAGCUAUAGGCGGAGGAAAAAAACAGACAUAGAGGUUUACAAAAUAAAUCUCAUGGUGCUUGACUCUUGA